AUGGGCUUGCUGAGUGUGUUGGCCACUGGCCUUUCGACGACACUCCUCUUCGGCUCUGUUGCGGCCCAAAGCACGGUUCCUGCCUGGGGACAAUGCGGUGGUAAUGGUUGGAGCGGUGGCACCACUUGCGUGAGCGGCUACACCUGCUCAGUCCUCAAGUACGACGACCCCAACAACUGUAUCCCGGGAUCCAGCACUCCGACAACCACUUCCGCCAGACCCAUAUCCACGUCAACCACGCCCAUCGCAACAGCCACCAACACCCAGACAACUCCUCGCGCAUCGACCACCCUCGUGACUGUAACCACCACGGCGGCAGGCGGCGGCGGCACCGUUCCCACAACUCUCGUCUCGGGAUGGUCCUGGAUCCGCGCCGUCGCCUCGCCCAAUUUCCACAGCUACCUCCAGGCCAAGCCCACCGGCACGCCCAGCAAAGCCUACCUCGAGGCCCCCAGCGGCGCCGGCCAGUUCAAGAUCGAUGCCGGCCAGCUGGUUCACCUGACCGGGUCGGCCUCGCUGUACCUCAACGUCGAGAACCCGACGGAUAAGACGCAGCGGAAACUCGAGACGUGGUUCAGCACGAGCAAAAACACAUACGGCACCUUCGCCUUCCAGGGCGACACCCUCACGUGGAGCACACCGGACAUCAACCGCCCGAACCUGGCUGCGUGGCUCGUCUGCGAGAACCAAGAGGUCUUUAUAAACACGGGGGCAUACCUGUAUCAAACGCCUGCUGGAUGCUUUGACCAGACUAUACACUCAUAUGGAGGGUCCACGGCCGACCUCUGA